AUGGCCUUGCUUGCGUGUCCCCCCAGCACAUACUUCUUCCUGGAGAUAGAAGGGUUCGAGCCUAACCCCACUGUCGCCAAGACCUCUCCCCCUAUCUUCUCCAAGCCCAUGGACUCCAACAUCCGGCAGUGCAUCUCUGGCAACUGUGAUGACAUGGACUCCCCACAGUCUCCUCAGGAUGACAUGACAGAAACUCCAUCCAAUCCCAACAGUCCCAGGGUCCCAGUCGUGGAGUCCCCUCCACCCCCACACCGCCCCCGCACUCAUCCCACCCUGUCCGCAGGGCAGACGGCACUGAACAUCGCCAUUGAGCGGCGGCAGGGCGACCUCACCGCGCUGCUCAUCGCCGCCGGCGCCGAUGUCAACGCCCACGCCAAGGGGGUCUUCUUCAACCCCAAGUACCAGCACGAAGGCUUUUACUUCGGUGAGACACCCCUGGCCCUGGCAGCAUGCACCAACCAGCCGGAGAUUGUGCAACUGCUGAUGGAGAAUGAGCAGACAGACAUCACCUCGCAGGACUCACGGGGCAACAAUAUCCUACACGCGCUGGUGACAGUGGCCGAGGACUUCAAGAAGCAGAAUGACUUCGUUAAGCGCAUGUAUGACAUGAUCCUGCUGAGGAGUGGCAACUGGGAGCUGGAGACCAUGCGCAACAAUGACGGCCUCACCCCGCUGCAGCUGGCUGCCAAGAUGGGCAAGGCCGAGAUCCUGAAGUACAUCCUUAGUCGUGAGAUAAAGGAGAAGCCGCUCCGGAGCCUGUCUAGGAAGUUCACUGACUGGGCAUAUGGGCCUGUGUCGUCCUCGCUCUACGACCUCACCAAUGUGGACACCAUGACAGACAACUCAGUGCUUGAAAUCAUUGUCUACAACACCAACAUCGAUAACCGGCAUGAGAUGCUCACCCUGGAGCCCCUUCACACUCUGUUGCGUGAGAAAUGGAAGAAGUUUGCGAAGUACAUGUUCUUCCUGUCUUUCUGCUUUUAUUUCUUCUACAACAUCACCCUGACUCUCGUCUCUUACUACCGACCCCGGGAGAAGGAGGCUCUCCCACACCCCUUGGCCCUGACGCACAAGAUGGGGUGGUUGCAGCUCUUAGGAAGGAUGUUUGUGCUCAUCUGGGCCACGUGCAUUUCUGUGAAAGAGGUGAGUGGGCCACUAAACCCUUCCGGACUGGCCUGUGAUGCAGGCAGUUUUGUCCAAGCUGUGCUUGUGAUACUCUCUGUCUUCUUGUACUUGUUUGCCUACAAAGAGUACCUCGCCUGCCUCGUGCUGGCCAUGGCCCUGGGCUGGGCGAACAUGCUUUACUACACACGGGGGUUCCAGUCCAUGGGCAUGUACAGCGUCAUGAUCCAGAAGGUCAUUUUGCAUGAUGUUCUGAAGUUCUUGUUUGUAUAUAUCGUGUUCUUACUUGGAUUCGGAGUCGCCCUGGCCUCGCUGAUUGAGAAGUGUUCCGAUGACAACAAGGACUGUAGCUCCUACGGCAGCUUCAGUGAUGCUGUGCUAGAACUCUUCAAACUCACCAUAGGCCUGGGCGACCUGAACAUCCAGCAGAACUCCAAGUACCCCAUCCUCUUUCUGUUCCUGCUCAUCACCUACGUCAUCCUUACCUUUGUCCUCCUCCUCAACAUGCUCAUUGCACUCAUGGGAGAGACCGUUGAGAAGAUCUCCAAGGAGAGUGAGCGCAUCUGGCGCCUGCAGAGAGCCAGGACGAUCUUGGAGUUUGAGAAAAUGUUGCCAGAAUGGCUGAGGAGCAGAUUCCGGAUGGGAGAGCUGUGUAAAGUAGCAGAGGAAGAUUUCCGGCUAUGUCUGCGGAUCAACGAGGUGAAGUGGACGGAAUGGAAAACACACGUCUCCUUCCUCAAUGAAGAUCCCGGGCGCGUGAGACGGACAGAUUUCAACAAAAUCCAAGAUUCUUCCAGGAGCAACAGCAAAACCACCCUCAAUGCAUUUGAGGAAAUAGAUGAAUUUCCGGAAACUUCGGUGUAGAAGCAGAACCCAGUGCUGGUGUGAGCAUGGGCCGUCUAAUGGUGCAGGACAGGUCCUGUACUCCACGCAGAGGGCUUUGCAGAGUGAUGGAGCCUGGCUCUGCCUGCCUAGAAGCAGAAAGCACCCUCAUGUGGAGCAGUGGCUGAACUGAGAAGCAGUUGUUAGUUUGUCUGAGUGGAAAACACCCCGGUGAAGAGUUUGUGUAAACCUAUGGCCAGCAGUCCUGGGCCUGGGAUCCCGGAAGUCCUGGGUGAAGUCCCUGGGUUUACCAACUGCAGGUCAGCUUGGCUGGGAGAAGGGUGGUAGGGAAGCAGCUGGGGCCUGAGGAGCAGAACUUUCUUUCUGCCAACAUUUCCUUGAUAACAUCCAGCCCCAGCCCACACAUUCCACUGUCUCUCUUACUGUGACUGGGUCCUCUGAAUUUUAGAGACUCUUGAUCCCAUCCCAGAACAAAGACAGGACUGGACUAAGUCCAAUAUCCUGGAGGAGGAGGGAAGUAAGUUAUUUUCAUGCCCUUCCAAAACCUUCAGGGAACAGGCAACUACCCUUGGAGUAUGUGUUCCUUGGCACCCCAAGGCUCAAACUGUCUCAAAGUGAGAGACGUUUUUAGUAGUGUCAUUAACACAGGUUUUUAUUUUUAAUAGAGAAAAGACAUUUCAGUUUUAAACGAAAAUGACGUCCGAUGAAAUACAUGAUUUUAAAACUUGAGAAAUAAGUUUUAGGAUUUGAGACUGGAUGUAAAUAGUAUGAACUUGGCCUCAGGGUGGCCAAAGCCAGGACAAAAACCUUUUCUUUACACACACAAAAGUCCACAUGAGGCGUGCCAGGCAGGGCCUGCCUGAGUCACUGUAAUCUGGAAGAAAGAGCUUGGCUCUUUUCCUUAUACUGGCCCUGCAAUCGUCCAUGCCUCCGAGCUGGGAUCGUGGCAUCAUCUGAAACAGAAAUAGCAGCUGCUCUAUUUAUAGGGUCUUAAAUCUCAGAGGUUACUAUUCCACAUCAGUAUUUUUCA